AUUUGCACUGUCACGACCAAUGGGAGCCGCGAACUGUCAGGAAGUAAACGUGCUGAUCCAUCAUGCCCCGCCCACUAAGUGCUGGCGCGGAUUGAUGACGUGGUAGGGCUCGGAGUCUGUAAUCUGGACUUGGAGAGCGAUAUCUAAAAUAAUGGCUGACUGGAGCAACUACUAUGAUAAAGAAGAGGGUAAUGAGGAUGAAGAACAUGAAGAUGGGGAAGGGGAACCUGGUGAGUUUCGCUUCGGAGGCAGGGACUGUCUGAUCUUCCUCGUUGAUGCCUCUAAACAAAUGUUUAAGAGCCCGAGUGAUGAUGAUUUAACACCGUUUGACAUUGCUCUGCAGUGUAUCAAAAGUGUCUACACCAGCAAGAUCAUCAGCAGUAACCGCGAUCUUCUGGCUUUGGUGUUCUUUGGCACUAAGGAAAGCAAAAGUCCUGCAUCGUUCAAACACAUUUUUGUCCUUCAUGAUUUGGAUUCACCAGGGGCAAAGCGGGUUUUGGACUUGGAUAAAUACAGAGAAGAGAAAGGAAGAGCGUACUUCUCUGAAACCAUUGGGCACUCAUCGAACUUCUCACUGGCCGAUGCUCUCUGGUGCUGCUCAAAUCUGUUCAGCAACAUUAAGAUGAAAAUAAGUCACAAGCGAAUAAUGUUGUUCACCAAUGAAGACAACCCACACUCCAAUGAGUCUGACAAAAUCACACAGGCAGUGACCAAGGCGAAGGACCUGCGUGGUUUGGGGGCUUGCUUGGAUCUCAUGCAUCUUGAAAAAGAAGGUGGUUUUGACAUUUCUAAAUUCUAUCGGGAUAUUGUGAAUAAUGAUGAGGAUGAAGACCUUGGCGUUCAAUAUAAAGCUUCCAGAAAGCUAGAUGACCUCAUGAGAAAAGUGCGGGCCAAGGAAAACAAGAAGAGAUCUAUGUGCAGAAUCCCUCUGAAGCUGUCUGAUGACCUCUACCUUACUGUCGGAGUGUAUAACUUAAUCCAGAAAGCUUUCAAACCACCCCCAGUAAAGCUGUACCGUGAAACCAAUGAGCCUGUAAAAACUAAGACACGAACAUUCAACAGGGAGACGGGUAGUCUCCUGCUUCCCAGUGACACAAAGAAAGCUCAAACAUACGGUAACCGGCAGAUUGUGCUUGAGAAGGAGGAGACAGAAGAGCUGAAGAGGUUCGAUGAUCCGAGUCUUGUGCUGGUCGGCUUUAAACCUAUCAGUUUGCUGAAGACGCACCAUUUUAUCCGGCCCGCACAGUUUGUUUAUCCAGAAGAGUCUCUUGUCAGUGGCAGCAGCACAUUAUUUAAUGCUCUGCUUAUGAAGUGCUUGGAAAGACAAGUGAUGGCCGUUUGUAGGUACACCCCCCGCCGAAAUACACCGCCUCGCUUUGUUGCUUUGGUCCCACAAGAGGAGAAACUAGAUGAGGAAAAUUUACAGGUGAAACCUCCAGGUUUCAAUCUAAUUUUCAUGCCUUAUGCCGAUGAUAUUCGUAAAAUUGACUACCCUGAGGUUGUACCCGCAAAUGAAGAGCAGGUGGAUAAGAUGAAGGAAAUUGUCCAUAAGCUGAGAUUUAAGUACAGGAGCGAGUCAUUUGAGAACCCUGCACUACAGCAACACUUUAGGAACUUGGAAGCCCUUGCUCUUGAUUUGAUGGAGCCUGAACCUAUUGAAGAUCUAACAUUACCAAAGACUGACAUGAUAGAUAAUCGAUUGGGCUCACUGGCAGAAGAAUUUAAAGAACUGGUUUUUCCGCCUGGGUACAACCCAGAAGGCAAAGCCGUGAAAAGGAAACAAGGUGGCGGUGACAGCCAAGCUGUAAAGAAGGCCAAGACUGAAACCUCCAUUUCUGAAGCGGAGCUCCGAGCCCAUGUGAAGAAUGGAACACUGGGAAAACUGACCGUGCCGGUGUUGAAGGAAUCGUGUCGUACUUUUGGGCUGAAGGGCGGGAAAAAACAGGAACUCAUGGAUGCACUUGUAAAUUACUUUCAUACAAAGUGAACCUUUUAUAUUUUUUGAUGGAAAAAUAUAUGCCGAACAUUUUUGUAUGACGUUCUAUUGUUUUGUUACAAACGUUACCGGUUUCUAAAAAUGACUGCAGACUAAAGUGGAAAAAUAUAAAAAUUUUCUGUCUGUAUCCAGAUGUAAAUACAUAGUUCCAGAGAAGGAAUAAACUUUUUUUUCUAUGUUUAGUAGCCGGAUGGCACUUACUUUACAAUAAAUAUAAUAAAAAUGUCACA